AAUGGUUAAGACCUCUUAUCUGAAUUGAUCAGACAUUUGCCUCUGAAUAGUUAAGCAAUAUACUAGCUCUUAAUGGUUCAGACCUCUUACUGGUUCAGCACUUAAUGGUUCAGACCUCUUACUGGUUCAGCACUUACCCAUUCAGAAGUUGCCAAACAGCCCCUAAGACUCCGUAUAGUGUGUAAAAUGUUAAAACCCACCACUCCGUAUAUAUUUAUUUUAUUUCUUACCAGUUUCUGUUUAAUUUAUAUUGAUUACAUUAUUUAUUUGAUUAAUUUUGUAUGGUUUUAGUUAUUUUUCUCAUUUUCAUUAUUUUUUAUAUCUAUUUUUUUUCUAAGUCCUUCCUCCGUCUCGAAGCAACCAAUCACUUGCUCAAACUUCAAACGCAAUCCCCUGCGCGAAAGGACCAUAGUCCACUCCAAAACGCCUUCUUCCUCAAUUUCAACUGUAGAUCGCUAUCGGGCACCAGCAGUUGAAUCGUUUUAUGCAUUUUCUGCAAGAGUGAGUCCCCAGCAAUGAUUCAGCAGAGGCCGAGACGCAGGUGCGAAGGCACAGCCAUGGGCGCUAUAGUUUUCGAUCUUCGCCCUGGAGCAGGCAUCGGCCCCUUCUCUCUCGGAAUGCCGAUUUGCGAGGCCUUUGCUCAAAUAGAGAGGAAACCUAACAUUUAUGAUGUCGUUCAUGUCAAGUAUUAUGACGAGGAUCCCUUAAAACUUGACAUUGUUAUUAGCUUUCCAGACCAUGGCUUCCAUCUUCGCUUCGAUCCUUGGUCUCAGAGAUUGCGCCUUAUAGAAAUUUUUGAUGUGAAACGACUUCAAAUGCGUUAUGCCACGUCUCUAAUUGGAGGACCAUCAACACUCGCCACUUUUGUUGCUGUUUAUGCUCUUUUUGGGCCAACAUAUCCUGGAAAGUAUGACAAAAACAGAGGAGUUUAUACCCUAUUUUACCCGGGGCUUUCAUUUGCUUUUCCGAUUCCCUCACAGUAUACAGAAUGCUGUUUUGAUGGAGAAGCGGAACUGCCUCUAGAAUUCCCUGACGGCACAACACCAGUUACAUGCCGUGUAUCGGUAUAUGAUAGUUCUAGCGGCAGUAAAGUUGGUGUAGGUUCCUUGAUGGACAAGGCAUCACCUCCUCCUUUGCCUGCUGGAAGCCUAUAUAUGGAGGAAGUGCAAGUUCAGUUAGGGGAAGAGUUGUGGUUUACUGUUGGUGGUCAACACAUUCCUUUUGGUGCUUCCCCACAGGAUAUAUGGACUGAAUUAGGCCGUCCUUGUGGAAUUCACCAAAAACAGGUUGACCAAAUGGUGAUUCAUUCCGCUUCCGAUCUUCGUCCUCGGACUACCCUCUGCGGAGAUUAUUUCUAUAAUUACUUCACACGAGGACUAGACAUUUUAUUUGACGGGCAGACUCAUAAAAUAAAGAAGUUUGUCUUGCACACCAACUAUCCCGGGCAUGCUGAUUUUAAUUCAUACAUGAAAUGCAACUUUGUCAUCCACACCUCAGAUUUUGGUGGUUCAUUUCAUCAGGAUGCUAACUCUAAGCACACUAUUACACCGCGCACGAAGUGGGAACAAGUUAAGGAAAUACUUGGGGACUCUGGUCGAGCUGCUAUUCAAACACAAGGCUCUACAAGCAAUCCUUUCGGAUCUACGUUUGUGUAUGGUUACCCAAAUGUUGCAUUUGAGGUGAUGAAGAAUGGUCAUAUUACCACUGUAACUCUCUUUCAGUCGUGACGAUAUAUUAGUGGCUUGUAGGAAUGGGAUUGGACGAUUGGCUGAUUUCUGUACGAAAGCAGUGGCACUCCCCUGGGAAGAGUGUCGAUGUAUAAUUGUGUCAUAUUGUACAGUUUAUUAGUUCUUGUAACUCAUGAUCACAAUUGGGCAUUUGUACAUAUAACAUAGAUCUGCUCUUUAUCUUUGUACAACAAUACUAAUUAUACAGUGACGUCACAUUCAUUUGUUGCAGCCUGAGUGGCUCUUUGGCUCACUUAAUGGUUCAGACUGUUUGUUUCAGCCUCUUAAUGGUUCAGAUGUCUGAAUGGUUAAGAGAUUUGCCUCUGAAUGGUUAAGUAUUAUACAGAGUCUGAAUGGUUAAGACCUCUUAUCUGAAUUGAUCAGACAUUUGCCUCUGAAUAGUUAAGCAAUAUACUAGCUCUUAAUGGUUCAGACCUCUUACUGGUUCAGCACUUACCCAUU